UCCACCCAAAUCCCAAGCCACCAACCAAACUCCGAGCCUCAUCCCCUCUACGCCCGAUGGCCCGCACGAAGCAGACGGCGCGCAAGUCCACCGGCGGCAAGGCCCCGAGGAAGCAGCUGGCGACCAAGGCGGCGCGCAAGUCCGCCCCGGCGACCGGCGGCGUGAAGAAGCCGCACCGCUUCCGCCCCGGCACCGUCGCGCUGCGCGAGAUCCGCAAGUACCAGAAGAGCACGGAGCUGCUCAUCCGCAAGCUGCCCUUCCAGCGCCUCGUGCGCGAGAUCGCGCAGGACUUCAAGACGGACCUCCGCUUCCAGAGCUCCGCGGUCUCCGCGCUGCAGGAGGCCGCCGAGGCCUACCUCGUGGGGCUGUUUGAGGACACCAACCUCUGCGCCAUCCACGCCAAGCGCGUCACCAUCAUGCCCAAGGAUAUCCAGCUCGCGCGACGCAUCAGGGGGGAGAGGGCCUAGAUUUGAGGCCUGGUUGAUCUGGUUACAGGGAUGUUGGUUGGUUGAUUCUGUGUGUGUUGUUGAUAUGAUCUGCUGUCUGGUCCUGGUCUCUUUGGGUUUCCUGCCCUAUGUAAGCCCGAUGGUGAAAUGAAAUGGAAAUGCUGUGUUGUCCUAAA